UGACCGAUAGAGACAGAGAAAGGAACGGGAGAGAGAAAAACCACCGACUCUUGUGCUGAACCUUUGGACUGUAAAGACCCAGCUGACCGGACCGGGCCUCGAACCCAUGCUGGACCUACAACACCGACAAAAAAGGCGUUUUUUUCCUCCAGCAAUGACGGGAUUAUACCGUUAACGUGCCCGUGUAGGUCAGCUAUCGAACAGGCUCUUCUCAGCGGAUAUCUGCUUUUUAUUGCUCCUUUUAAAGAAGAGAAAGAGGAUCUACAAGAUGGCUGGUGACAGCUCCCCCUAACCAGAGACACAGCGGCCCCUGGAAGGCCAGCAGGGUGUUCUCUGUUCAGAAUCAGUUAAACAAUAUAUAAGAUAUGGCUGCUUCAAAUAGAUAAUGACCACAACUAACAAUAGACAAAUAGUGCUUAUUUAUCUGUACCUGGUGGAGCAUGGUGCGGUGACGUCAGAGGCAAUUCACACCUUUUAUUAGAGAUAAGGAAGUAGGAAAAAAUAUGUUGUUGGCUAAAGGCUGAAGAUAGGAGAAGAAGCUGGAGGCCACAGUGAAGAGGAAGAGACCUAAUAACCAUCCUGUUCAGAUCUAACUGAUGAAGAAGAGACCUAAUAACCAUUCUGUUCAGAUCUAACUGAAGAAGAGACCUAAUAACCAUCCUGUUCAGAUCUAACUGAAGAAGAGACCUAAUAACCAUCCUGUUGAGAUAUAACUGAUGAAGAAGAGACCUAAUAACCAUUCUGUUCAGAUCUAACUGAUGAAGAAGAGACCCAAUAACCAUUCUGUUGAGAUAUAACUGAAGAAGAGACCUAAUAACCAUCCUGUUCAGAUCUAACUGAAGAGGAAGAGACCUAAUAACCAUCCUGUUCAGAUCUAACUGAAGAGGAAGAGACCUAAUAACCAUCCUGUUCAGAUCUAACUGAAGAGGAAGAGACCUAAUAACCAUCCUGUUCAGAUCUAACUGAAGAAGAAGAGACCUAAUAACCAUUCUGUUGAGAUAUAACUGAAGAAGAGGAGACCUAAUAACCAUUCUAACUGAUGAAGAAGAGACCUAAUAACCAUUCUAACUGAAGAAGAAGAGACCCAAUAACCAUCCUGUUUAGAUCUAACUGAAGAAGAGACCCAAUAACCAUUCUGUUCAGAUCUAACUGAUGAAGAAGAGACCUAAUAACCAUUCUAACUGAUGAAGAAGAGACCUAAUAACCAUUCUAACUGAUGAAGAAGAGACCUAAUAACCAUUCUAACUGAUGAAGAAGAGACCCAAUAACCAUCCUGUAGAGAUCUGUCUGUAGAUGAGUAGGGGGGGGGGUAAAUUCUCUGCAACACAAGCAACAUUCCUGCGGAUCCUUAAAAAAAACCCUUUGUUUAUUGCGCAGGAGCCGGACUCGACUAUUAAACCUGAUUGAGUAUGCAGAGAGCGGCCGGGUCUGAGUUCUGUGUUUAAUGAGAUUAUAGAAGCCUUUGUUGUCGACAGAGAGCAGCGGGGAUAGAACCAGGCCUUGUGUACAGACAUGAGCUGUGCCACAUAGCUCAUGUUGAAGCCGUGCGUCGGAUCCCACUCUCUGCUGCGCUCCGUCCCCGGCAGGUGGAGGCUCCAGCGGACAAAAGCGUCUCUCUGCGUUCUGAUUAUUCACGGUUAAUCAGGCGUCCUUGAGCUGCAGAUAAAACCAGAUUCAGCAAUAAGCCCCACCGGUCACCUGUCAGGGAGCCUCCUUUCCUCUGCUGAAACACACAGACUGAUCUUUCAGGACGGCGUCGGGUUUGUUUUUUAAACCUUUUUUUUUUCUCACGACUUGUUUUGAGAGUGCUUCCUGUGAGGACAGAGAGGCCUGUUGAAGUGGGAGACGUAUAGUGUAUGCCUGCCCGCACCAUGAUGGCGUCUGACAUGGCUGAGACGUGGAGGAACUGUUUUGAGGAGGAGCUCAUCUGCCCCAUCUGCCUGCACGUGUUCUCAGAUCCCAUCCAGCUGCCCUGCAAGCACAACUUCUGCCGGGGCUGCAUCAGCGAGGCCUGGGCCAAAGACUCCACGCUGGCCCGCUGCCCCGAGUGCAACCACGCAUACACGCAGAAGCCCAGCCUGGAGAAGAACCACAAACUGUCCAACAUAGUGGAGAAGUACAACGCCCUGAGCGUGGAGAAGCCCGCCACGCCGGCGCUGCAGUGCAUCCUGUGCCCGGGCCCGCCACUCCCCGCCGUGAAGGUCUGCCUGCGCUGCAACGCCCCGUGCUGUCAGUCCCACGUCCAGACGCACCUGCAGCAGCCGUGCUCGGCCCUCGGGCACCUGCUGGUGGAGGCGGAGGCGGUGAAGGCGUGGACCUGCCUGCAGCACGACGAGUACCGGCUGUACCACUGCGAGGCCGAGCAGACGGCGGUGUGCCAGUACUGCUGCUUCGCCCGCUGCCACCCCAGCCACGGCCAUGCGGUCACGGACGUGGAGCUGCGACGCAACGACAUCAGACAAAGCCUGUUAAGACAGCAGGAGCGCGUUGAGGAGCGAGUGCAGGAGAUCGAAGAACAGCUCUGCAAACUCGACUCUGACAAGUGUGUGGUGGAGGACAGGGUGUGUGAGCUGAAAGAGGAGGUGCGUCUGCAGUACCAGCGGAUGCACCAGCUCCUGGAGGAGGAUCUCGGUCGGACACUGGAGGCUCUGGACCGGGCUCAGGCUCGGUUCUGCCAGGAGAACGCGGCCCAGGUUCUAGCUCUGGGCGAGCAGCGCCACGAGGCCCAGAAGCUGCUGAGCUCCAUCCACACGGCCUUCAGCAAGGCGGAGGAACUGAGCUUCAUGAAAAACACCAAGCCUGUUAAGAUCCUCACAGACAGGUCUCAGGCAAGUGUGGGCAGCAGUCUCCCUCCUUACAAAGUGGGGAAUAUAAACUCUAAACUAUUCCUCUCUGAAAUCUCAAAACGAGAGAAGAGCUUGAAGAGAACGCUGGAAGUUCCCCUCACCCCUCCCUCGACCUUCCUGCAGUCGGUUCCUGCGUAUCCCAGCGGUCAGAGCUCCGGCUCUGGAGCAGAGAAACGGAAACAUUCCACUGCCUUCCCGGAGGGAAACGGGAACGUCGGAAAAACCGGCACUCCGGGUUUCAAGGACUCCUCUUCCUCGUCUUCUUCCUCAUCUUUAGCCAAACAGCCCUACCUGGGCUCUGGCUCUGCCUCCGGAGAAGGUCAGUCGACCAAUCAGCAGCCUCUGGGUCCCUGCGGCCCGCCUCACAUCAGCGAGAGCGGCGGGACAGGAAGUGGAAGCGGCUCUCUGGCCAACCACCAUUCAGGCUCCGUGUUCGGCUCCUCGCACUUUCCUCCGGGAGGCAGCGGCUCCUCCCACUCCUCCCAGCAGGCCGUGCUGCCUCAAUACGGCGGCCGUAAGAUCCUGGUGUGUACGAUGGAUAACUGCUACUGCUCCGGAGUGCCCUCGGUGUCGGGCCACCGCGGUCAUCCCCCGUACCCACGCUCGGGCUCUUUCCCCUGGGUCAGCACCCAAGACUACCCCCCUCCGCCCGGCCUGGCCUCUGGGGGUCCGUCCAUGCAGGGCCUGGCAGUGAGGGACUGGAUAGACGCCUCGCAGACACACAGACAUGCUGAUUUUUAUGGGCUGUAUGGGCAGCCCUCUACAAAGCACUAUGUCACCAGUUAACGUAGUAGAAACACACACACACACACACACACACACACACACACACACACACACACACGUACUUGGAUAUAGAGACAGGCACCAUAAUAGCACACUGUUACCGUCUUAUUAACCGGAAUAAACAGUUAUACCAUACACGCAUUAAACUAUUAAGAUUUGUACACACACAGACACACACACCGAUCUAGAACAUGUACACACAUUCGGGGGCAGGGUUGAUCUCUUAUGUGUUUUUAUUUUCUCCUUUUCCUUAUUUUCAGUCAGUGUUUCAUGUAGUGUAUUAUACGUAAAAUGCAAGCCAACGCGCUCACUCUGGCACAACUUAGCUCAGCGUUUUUACACAUAAACAAGAGAAGCCUAAGAGGAGAUUGUGACAUGCAUCUUUUUUUUUUUUAUUAUUAUUUAUAGAGCAGAAGAUGGAUUGAUAGAAAAUGAACUUUUAUUAGAAAACGCCUCUUUACUGCUGCUCAUUGACGCUAAAGGGAAAAGAGAUAAAAAACCGUGCAGUGUUGAGCUUUCCAGUUUAGCGCCUGAUGUUUCUCAUAUAAUCACCCCUCUAGUCGUACUGAGAUCAAUUGCCUUAUGUUAUUAUUAGCAUCAUAUUUGUUUCUGCCCAGCGCACUCGGUUUGGUAGAUCCUUUUUAAAAGAGGGACUUCGGUCCCUUCGUGUCUCUUUGUUUUCAUCGUCAUGGCACCUCUUCCCUUCUUCGCUGAGUUCAGGGAUGGAUCGUACGGCUUGAACACAUAAAACGCUCUUCCAUGGAACACCCACAAUGCACUUGUGGACGCCUUGUUAUUGCUGGACUACAGAUGCCGACCCAAAGAGGGACACUGGAGCUGCAUCUGAAGGGCCGGCUGACCCUGGCCCAAAGAGAAUUUGGCCCUUAUUCCUAGCACUCCCUUCCUGCUAUCAGGCUUCCCACAGGACAGAAAAUCUCCUUCUGACACAGACUGUUUCCAUUUAGUAAUUACUAUGACUUUGUGUUAUUUGGUACAUCUGUAAGUUUCAUGCUUGUCUCGAGAGACUCUUUGAUUUAAGAGGAAAAGGCAAGACUGGACAGACCAAACCAAUCAAGCAUCUGGAGGAUCUGAUGAUGCUGUAAUUGUACUUCCUGCAGGGCAAAGAUGUCACUUCCUCUCAAUAAGCACACAAGCUCUUGGCUUCCUGUUUGCAGCUGAAAGCAUGCAAGGAAGAGUUUUUUUAAAGCACUCAAAAAGAAGAACAAUGGGGGGUAAAAUGUAUGCAGUUUUAAAAAUGAGUGUGUGGAAGAAAAGAAGGGUGGGAGUAAUUUUUUUCAUGAACUUUUUUCUAAAAGAACAAGACUGGACUGUGAGAUGUAAGCAAUUGUCAUCAUCCUCAAAAAGGAGCUGUUGCAACAGUCAACAUAAAGAGGAAAAAAAAAACAACAACAUAAAAGUAUCUUUUUUUGUAAAUAUUUUGUGAAAUGGAAAAA